CACAUCGCAUAAAAGAGAUAAGUUACAAAAGAGUGAGUGACUGCAAAAGAGAAGAGAGCAUGGCUAUGGCCGCAAGCAGCAGCGUGUCACUGUUGAAGUCUUCUUUCACCGGAGAUCGAUUCUUACGCUGCUCACGCCACCAAUCACUUCCUCAACUAUUCCGUUACAGACAAGGAAUGAAUCAUUUUUCGAUGCAGUUACCUCGAUCACUUUCUGGCUUAACCAAUCUCUUAUUCAAUAGAAGGAACAUUGAUGACAACACCAAUCGUAAACGCUUGAGACCUGGAAUUGUUUCUCCACGUCGAAAAGUUCCCAAGGACAUAACAAAACCUCCAUAUGUAAAAUCCAUGGUUCCGCCAGGGAUUGCGAGUGGACCUGAAGUACAUGAUGAAAAGGGGAUUGAAUGUAUGAGAGCUUCUGGAAAGCUUGCUGCUCAGGUUCUUCAAUAUGCUGGGACCUUAGUAAAGCCAGGCAUAACGACUGAUGAAAUUGACGAAGCAGUUCACCAAAUGAUAAUUGAUAAUGGUGCGUACCCGUCUCCUCUUGGUUAUGGUGGUUUUCCAAAGAGUGUCUGCACAUCUGUGAAUGAAUGCAUUUGCCAUGGAAUACCAGAUUCACGUUCGCUUGAGGAUGGUGAUAUAAUCAACAUUGAUGUUACCGUUUAUCUAAAUGGUUAUCAUGGUGACACGUCGACCACUUUCUUUUGCGGAGAUGUUAAUGAUGAGGUCAAAAAACUAGUUCAGGUCACUAAAGAAUCCCUAGAUAAAGCAAUAUCCAUAUGUGCACCAGGAGUGGAAUUCAAGAAAAUUGGCAGAACAAUUCAUGAUCAUGCAGAUAAAUAUGGAUAUGGUGUUGUGCAACAGUUUGUUGGCCAUGGGGUUGGACGUGUUUUUCAUGCUGAUCCAGUUAUUCUUCACUUCAGAAACAAUGAAGAUGGACGUAUGAUGUUAAAUCAAACCUUCACGAUUGAACCUAUGCUAACUAUGGGCAGCAUCAAUCCUGUGAUGUGGAAAGACAACUGGACAGUUGUAACAGAAGAUGGAAGUCUUUCAGCUCAGUUUGAACACACCAUUUUGAUAACACCUGAUGGGGCUGAGAUUAUGACUCAAUGCUGACAAAUGCAUACAUUCAAUAUCUUUGCAUAGCUCGCACGAAGAAACUUAUUAUUGAGAUGUUAUUGAUUUAAUUACUUCCAGUUUCAGAUCAAAGUUCUUGCUGGAAAUUACCCAAGUUAUACGAAGCAUGUGCCAAAUGAGUCAGUGUUGUAUUCUUUCUGUGUUGUAUUUAUAUAUAGUUUUACAGUCUCAUAUUCUUCAAUUUUUACUACACUUGUUUUUCAUUGUUCUGAGAAAAAAUAAUGUCAAGGCUGAAAAGGUAUAGGAUUGUACUUACGUAGAGGGAGAUUAGGUAGAAAGUUAUUCUUUCAAUCAUUAAGAUGGCUUUAAAUUUAAAAAAUCUCAUUAAACAUGA